AUAUUCAAUGACGUUACACAAUUCAUUGGACACUGGUAUGCGAAAUUGUGUUCAUGACAGACAAUUGUUUGACUCAUUGCUGAUUAUGCAAUUCAACAUACAGUCAAAAUAACUUUCUGCAUUUUUCUUGUGCUGGUUAUAAUAUUCUAUCAACGUGAGGUGAAACAUCAGCGCAAUCUAGGGAGUCUAUCCGUACAAAAGAUGCACCCUCAGAUUAUUGCUAAUGAAAAUAGUGAUGAAAACAAAAACGAUUCAUUGUCCGAGUAGAAAUAAAGUUUACAAUGGGGGAUUCAAUAAAAGUCUCAAUUGAAUGAAGUUAGUGAUAAAGUGUAAUUCCAGGUUGCGUGGUCAGCAACAUAAGUCCAUGAAUAGCCUUGCAAUCAAGGGGAUCCCUGAUUAAUUUUUGGAACGAUGGGACUUUUUUCGGCAAACUUGCUCCUCCAGCUUCUGGGGCUGAUAACUGCGAUCUCUGUUGCGACAUAUCUUUAUUUGAAACACGUCGCUUAUCAUUACUGGAGUUCAAAAGGAAUCACGCAGUCUGAACCUGUCAUCCCGUUUGGUAGCUUGUGGCCGGUUCUUACGGCGAAAAAAUCUGUGGGUCAACUUAUGAGCGACCUGUAUUCAAAAUUCAAGAAAAACCGCAUAUUCGGAAUUUACUCGUUUCACAAAGCCAACCUCGUGGUCUGUGACCCCGAAGUGAUCCGGUUCAUACUGACGAAGGAGUUCAGGGCGUUCCAGGACCGCGGCAUGUAUCGCAAUGAAAAGCUCGAACCACUUCUGGGAAACAUAUUCCUAGUCGAAGGUUUGAAGUGGCGACGUCUCAGGGCCAAGUUCUCACCAACGUUCACGACCGUGAAAACGAAGAACAUGUUCUCGACGGUGAGAAAAAUUGCGGACAACCUCAGCAAGCAGAUAGUCAAGGAGACCAACCGGAGCGACCUCGUUGAGAUGAAGGACCUCAUGGCCAGGUAGGUCGGAUGAAAAAAUCGACACGCUUGUUUUUUUUUUACGUGACAGCUAGAAGAUGAUCAGACACUCAUCGUUGAUGUUUGUUUGGAAUUUCAAUAGUCUAAGCGGUCAAAAGUAUCAAUGGCUCCGAGUUCCAAAAUUUUUUUUCCACUUUGGGUAGUUUUUAUGGUUUAUCAGAAGAUUCGACCUUCUGGA